CCUCAGUUUUUCAAAUCCAUCACGAGUUUUCAUUACAUGCUGAAUCGAGAUAACAUAAACAUUCCCGCGUCUCUUAAAGGAUACUUUUUGGAGAUUCUAAUAACUGAAAGAAAUGAAUUCGUCUUCCUUUCUUGUUGGUACCUCACGACAAGGAAGAGCAGUAAUAUCGAUUUAAAGGUUCAUCCACGUCACUGCUAACUGUGAAUCACUCACGUUGGUUUCUUUCAUGGCCAAAAAGCUGUUUGGUUUCCAGCAGUUAAGGCGAGCUUUCAGAAAUCUUAGUUAUAUUUUGUUGAUGUACAUAUCCUCCAUCAGCUUAACAUUUUAUAACAAAUGGCUAUUGAAGAGGUUUCACUUUCCUUUGUCUGUGUCAGUGGUACACUAUGCAAUGGUAUUUGUCAUUGCGGCAAUUUUGAGAUUCCUUUGGGAAUUAAAGACAGGGAAGACACGUAUUAUUUUACCCUGGUCUGUGUACUUGAAAAGAGUUCUACCCACAGCAAUAGCUUGUGCUCUGGACAUUGGGUUUUCUAACUGGAGCUUAAUGUUCAUCACAGUGUCAUUAUACACCAUGACUAAAUCUACAAGCAUUAUUUUCAUCCUCAUGUUUGCUCUUGUUCUCAGAUUAGAGCAUUGGAACUUUUCAUUGGUGGCUGUAAUCCUGUUAAUUGCGAGUGGCUUGUUUUUAUUCACUUAUGAGGCUACUGAAUUCAAUAUGGAGGGAUUUCUCUUGGUGUUAACUGCUUCAGCACUGAGUGGCUUACGAUGGACACUUGCGCAGAUUUUAACACAGAAAGAAGAUUUAGGUCUUCACAACCCCCUUGAUACACUUUAUCAUCUCCAACCUUUUAUGACAUUAACUCUGAUUCCCCUGGCAUUUUACAUAGAGGGACAGGACUUGGCCAUGUCACCAAAGCUUUUCAGGGCCUCAGAUAGUUAUACCUUAUGGGUGACCAUUGCCAUGGUGAUGUUUGGGUGUUUCUUAGCCUUCAUGAUUAGUGUUUCUGAGUUUCUUCUUCUCUCCCAUACAUCAAGCUUAACACUCUCCAUAUCAGGAAUAUUUAAGGAAAUCUGUACAUUAUCUCUUGCCACUGAGUUUGCAGGGGAUAGAAUGACUACUGUGAACUUUUUUGGGCUUGUCCUGUGUCUAAUUGGAAUAAGUGUCCAUGUUGUGGCAAAGGCAACAAGAGAUUCAGAGAAUUUGAAGUUAAGCAAACAGAAAAUAGAGGAACUCAAGUUGAAUGGUGAUAUUGAACUAAAAGGCCUGCUCCUCGCAGAUCAAGAAAAGCUUGGAAGUGAUGAUGAUAAUGAAGAAUAUGAACUGAAUGUUCAUGGGCAAAGAUAGUAGAGGAUAGGACCUCUGGAGUAAAAUUAAGUUAUUUAUCGGUAAAAUCUCUAUAGGAAUAUUCUAAAUUUGGAUUUAAAGUCAAAAAUAUUGAAUUUAUUCUAAAAAUUAUAUGCUGUGCAACAAAUUAUUUCCUAAAUUGUAGGAAUACUUGAUAUUACCUGCAGUGGGUACUAAACGAAAAAAAUUGUGAGGGAUUUGUUACAAAUGUCUCAUUUCCUUCAAAGGAGGGAAUGUCUCAGGGAUUUUAGG